CUGAGCGCACCUGAGGCCAUUGUGGAUUCAGCCAUUGUUAACAAGUUGAACCCCCUGUGCCGGACCAUCCUUAAGCCACUGGCUGCCUCGCUGGGCGGCGGUAUUGAGGAGAUUCUGGCGACUAUGCAUCAGGACUUCUCUUCCACACCCCCCGACAAUGAUGACGAUUGUUCAGCUUAUAUUCAGUCUCUGAAGGUAUAA